AUGUUCGCAACCGAACAUGUUCGCAACCGAACAUGUUCGGUCCCCGAACGGUUCGCAAUCGAACACGUUCGAUCACCAAACGGUUGGUUACCGAACGAUCGUAAAGAAAUUCCAUCUGAUAUUACAGCGGCUAGUUUAUUAGAACAAUAUUUCUCUUCUAUGAACUAUAAUAUUACAUUUUCUCUUGUUGGUCUUGCUGGUUAUAAAUUAAAAGUGGGCGUUAAUAAUAAAGAAAAUUAUGCUAAUUUAAUGUCAGCAAAUAUGUGGCCAGAUAAAGUUGGAAAUGUGGGUAUUCCGGUUAUCAAGCCAUCGUAUAUACCAGAUGCUUUUGGUAUUGUGGUUCGUUUUGCGGAUGAACAAUAUGAUGAUGAAUUUGUAAAAAGUGAAAUAGAGCGAAAUUUUCAAUCAGCCGAAAAUAUAAGAAAAAUUAACUAUGCAUUUCAACGUCGUAAUAACGAUUAUCGUUUUAAUGUUAAAGAUUUACGAGAAUAUAAUUCUGCUUUACAACGUGGUCGUUUCUCUAUCGGGAAUAAUUUAUGCUCCAUAACACCAUUUAAAACUGGAAAUCGAAUGACAUUCUGUCCAAAAUGCUGGUGUCUAAGCCAUUUUCAAGAUAAAUGUCAAGCUAAUGCGCGUUGUCGCUUAUGCUUGGAAGAAUUAGUUAGUGGUCAAACACGUUCAUGUUCCUCGGGAUCAAAUUGUGCUCAAUGUAAUGAAGAUCACCAUUCUCCUGAUGGUAGAUGUGAAAAAAUAAAAGAAUAUCAUGCUGAACUAAAGCAGGAAGUGAACAAAGCUCUAGCUGAUGGCAGAUUAUAUAGAAUUGAACCUUUUGAGAGUCCAAAUGCUGCAUUUCAAUAUCAACAGAAUCAAUUUCCUCCUCUACAACCAGCCGUUAAUUCUCAUCCAGCUCCUUGGUUCCAGCCUGCUGGAUCUUCAACUGUUCCUAUUCCUGCUAUCGGUAUUACUACUAAUAAUUCUGCAUCGGAUUUAAGUAAAACUCUCUUAUCGAUUAAUGAAAAUUUAGUGGCUAUGAGAAAUAGUAGUAACCGUAUUGUCUAUAAAUAUAAAAACGAUUAUCUUAUGUUUGCUAGAGGAGAAACGUCUACGAUUUAUUUUUAUUUGAUACAUUUUUUUGACCGUUACCCACAAAAAUCAAUCAACCAAUAA